AUGUUUUUUGCACAAAGUGAACUGGAAUAUUUGGGACAUCUCAUCACAUCAGAUGGAGUGUCAGCAGAUCCAUCCAAGAUUGCUAGCAUGGUAUCAUGGCCCACUCCAACUUCAUUGAAGGAGUUAAGGGGAUUUCUAGGCUUAACUGGGUAUUACAGGAAGUUUGUAAGAGGAUAUGGAGCUAUUUGCAAGCCAUUAGCUGACUUGCUCAAGAAAAAUGCUUUCGUUUGGUCUAGCUCAGCUGACAAGGAAUUCGCAGAAUUGAAGCAAGAUAUGAGCAGCACCUCUGUCCUAGCUUUACACAAACUUCUCCAAGCCCUUUAUCUUGGAGACUGA